AUGGAUUUGCGCACGAUCAUGAACACCGAUGGCGCCGCCAACCCUCCACCUUCAAACUCAGCCAGCUCCCCUAUCUCCGACCAAACCCCUCAAAAGCUCGCGAGGGUCAACUCUUAUUCAGAAUAUCCUCCACGUCCGCCCCAGCCUCCCUCGUUGCAACACCCGCAGCACGCCUCCCCAGAGCGAAGCUCAUCCUACGCAGCAUCCGCCCAGUCACCGUACCAGUUCAGCUCCGGCCCAGCGAUCAAUACAGCCGUAGGACCCCAGCGCAGUCAGACACCUCCACACAUAUCCACACCGUAUGGUCCUGGCCCGCGUGAUCCAUUCGCGCCAGCAUACGGGUCGCAUCCCCAACAUCCCGGUCCUCUGGUUUCGCCCUACACACCGCAGCCACUGAGUGCAGGGCCGCAGCACCCGGAGCAGCAAUCUUACUUUGCUCAACAGCGUUCCCAACAGCGUUCACAAUCUCUUCAAUCGGUGGUGACAAACCCCCGAGCACCAACUGAGUCAUUCCGCAGCCCCCCUGUCGCAUCGCAACCUCUACCGUCACAGCGAUUCUCUCCAUCGGCGCAUCAAUCCGUACCAGGCACCCCCUUGGGUCCUCCUCCUACCUUUGCCUCCCGUCAGUCGCCGUCAGUUGCCCGCCCGCCAUCCUCCGGGCGCGAUUCUCCACGCAACUCUUUAUCCAGCCCGAGGGCCGCACAGGAAGCGCAGCUACGAGACCAGGUUCCAACGCAGUCACCUGUAACACAGCGGCAGUUCUCUCCCCGCAGUUCACGACCAUCCGAACAGAACACCCGCCCCUCGUUGGUUAGCUUGAACCAAGAGACAACAGAGAGCGCUAGCCCACACUCGGUCUCUCGUCAUAAUAGCACUGUCGCGGCCUCCGAGUCGGUGACUGCUGGUCCAAUUCGUUCCUCUGAAGACCGGAUGUCAGUGGAGAGUCCCGUGGCACAAAAGCCUACCAGAGCUGUCGACUUUUCGACUUCCCCCAUGGCAGCGGGCAGCCAAACCAACAGCUCGCCCUCGGGCGUUCGCGGAGGCCACCAUGCUUUGAAAAUGGAGGUCGACCACGAAACACGCGCCGAGGCGCAACAGCCGAGGCAGAAGAGAAGGAGGUACAAUGAGCCUCCGAUCUAUGCUCGGCUGACGCCACGAAACACAAGCAAACGCCCAAUUAUUCCCAACCCCCAACCCCCGGUCCCAAGACAUGCUAGGCAGGAGCUCUGGACUGCUCGGAGACGAUCAUCUUCGACGGCAGUUACACCAGCUGCACGGGUCAGUCGAGCGCCCCCGGUUCCUUCACCGAGAACCAGUAUGCCUCCUGUGCAGGCUCCCCCAGCGCCCCCGGCUUCCUUAGUUCCCCCAAGUACUCCGCCGAUGGUAGGCUCAUUGGGCCCAUGGGAACCGUCCAUCACCGGUUUCAUCCCACACGAGGAGAUUACAAAGACCAUAUGUGAUUUCUUGUUCCAACAUGUGGUCUUGAGGAAUGAUGUGAACGUCGCAUCGGCAGGCUCUGCUGCUGGCGGUCAGGGGACGAUUGUGGAGAUUGAGGCCAAACUGGGUCAUAUCAUCGACUUGGACAGCAGAGACCGGAUCCAACUUCCAAUCCUCACGGAGAGUGUCAUCAAUCGGGAGAACGGACGGUUCCGUACAUCAUUUGAGAGCAAAAUGACGGUCGAACAACAUCGAGCGAUGAACAAUUUCUUGAACGAAGCUGUGAAAGCUUCUAUGCCGCAGAAUAACCCGAACCGCAUCCCUCUUGCAUACGUCCACAAGAAAGAACGCGACACCUUCUAUGAGAUCCAAGCAGCUGACCUGCCUCCGGUGAUCCGCCAAAACUUGAAUCCGAGACACAAGCCCAAAGUCCGAGUGACAACCGAUGAGCGAACUGGCGAGAUCCUUGCGAAAAUCGUCAAGUGUCGAGUGGCUGAUGUAGAUGUCUGCAGUCCCCGGACGACAGUCGACUGGCGCGUCAGCGUCAACCUCGAAAUGGAAUACACCGGGGACGUCAGCAACCUCACAAUGAUCGACACAGCCGUCAACAAGGGCGGACGAGGCGAUCGCAUCAAAGAUCGCAUGAGCUACCGUCAUCUGGCCUAUCAGGUGGAUCUGACGCAGGUGGCUAAAUCCGACGUAAGUUCAUGUUUCCAAAGUCCCUGUGUCACUGUGAAGACCAGUCUUCUGACCGUACAGCAGCAACAACCGGGCAAGCCUGAGUUCGAGCACGAGCUUGAAGUUGAGGUUUCGGCCGCUGAAAUUCGUCGCCAGGGUCAGCUUGCUAUGACGGGUGAUCCGAAGAAUCAGUACGAGGACCUGGUCAAGGGCUUCGUGGAUAAUAUUCGACUGCUGGCUCGAGCGGUUCCGUCUUGA